AGUCAUCCUCGGCACUGCAGCAGCCUGGAGAGCCUUAUCUCGCGCAAACAGAACCAAAAAGGCAGUGUUCCUCCUCCCGCGAACAAGAGAGCAGAGUCUACUACCCGACGGUUAUUUAUAGCUUUAGUUGGGUCUUCCCCUCAUUGGUGCGCUGACUUGGUAUGUGGAAUAGUGUUUGUUUCAUAAAUGAUAACGACGUUAAACACGUGGAAGUUUAAUUACAGUCGGUGUGUGGAUGACCUAGAUGUUGAGCAAUUUUAAUUUUUCUGCUUAAUCGUUUCAGCUCAACUCUGAUGAGAAAUGGACGGCAAACAGAUUUCACACUUCAUCGUUUGAAUUAUUCAGCAUUUUAUUGAGAUUUUGUCUUAAAUAAGAUAUUAAACUUAAUUUUCCUUCUGCUCUUCAAAAUCUUUCCCAAUGGUCCCCAGAAUUUCCCACCUUCACCAGCAGCGCAACGUCCUCCUCGCACCCCAAAACACCGCUCGGAUCGCUGGUGUGGCCCGUGAGCGCACGUUUCCUCCGCGAACCGCACCCACCGUUGGACCGGCGCCCAACCCGGGAACCGAGCAGCAGGCCCCCGCCGUGUACUAUGACCGAGGGCGCCACGACGACAGCGAUUGAAUGUCUGGAUAGUGUGGUUGGCCAGCACGAAGACUCAGGAGCAGCGGAGCAGCAGCACCAGCAACAGGAAGUUACCAGAAUCGAACUUAAUCUACUGACGGGAGGACACAGCGACGCGGACGCGGGCAAGCAGCAGGUGGUCACGAUGACGAACAAGGUGGCGAAAAAGGAGCAACUGCCGGAGCGCGGCUCGUGGGGCUCCAAGCUGGACUUUAUCCUGUCGGUGGUGGGGCUGGCCAUCGGCCUGGGAAAUGUGUGGCGCUUCCCGUACCUCUGCUACAAGAACGGUGGCGGUGCGUUUUUGAUCCCUUACUUUGUGACACUGUUCCUGGCCGGCAUCCCUAUGUUCUUCAUGGAGCUGGCACUGGGGCAGAUGUUGACGAUCGGUGGGCUGGGCGUGUUCAAGAUUGCGCCGAUUUUCAAAGGUAUUGGUUACGCGGCAGCCGUCAUGUCCUGCUGGAUGAAUGUGUACUACAUCGUCAUCCUGGCGUGGGCCAUCUUCUACUUCUUUAUGUCACUCAGAGCUGACGUUCCGUGGCGUACCUGCGACAACCCGUGGAACUCGGUCAACUGCGUGAACCCCUACGACCGUAAGGAUCUGCUGUGCUGGGAGUCGCUCGGGGCGAACAACACGCUCACCAAGAUCUGCUCGCUCAACUCGUUGAACGUAACCAUGAGUGAUCUGUCCGACCCCGUUAAGGAGUUCUGGGAACGUCGCGCGUUGAUGAUCUCCAGUGGAAUCGAUCAGGUCGGAACGAUCCGUUGGGAGUUGGCUGGAACGCUGCUGCUGGUGUGGAUUCUGUGCUACUUCUGCAUCUGGAAGGGAGUGAAAUGGACUGGAAAGGUCGUGUACUUCACCGCGCUGUUCCCGUACUUCCUGCUGACGAUUCUGCUGAUCCGUGGUAUCACGCUGCCCGGUGCUUUUGAGGGUAUCAAGUUCUACGUUAGUCCGAACUUGUCGAAGCUGUCGGAAUCGGAGGUGUGGAUCGACGCCGUAACGCAAAUCUUCUUCUCGUAUGGUCUUGGUCUGGGAACACUGGUCGCUCUGGGAAGCUACAACAAGUUCAACAACAACGUGUACAAGGACGCCCUGAUCGUGUGUACGGUCAACUCGAGCACCAGUAUGUUCGCCGGCUUUGUCAUCUUCUCCGUGGUCGGCUUCAUGGCCCACGAGCAGCAACGCCCGGUGGCGGAGGUCGCAGCUUCCGGACCCGGAUUGGCCUUCCUUGCCUACCCCUCAGCCGUUCUCCAGCUUCCGGGAGCUCCUCUCUGGUCCUGCCUGUUCUUCUUCAUGUUACUCCUGAUCGGUCUCGACUCGCAGUUCUGUACCAUGGAAGGCUUCAUCACGGCCGUCAUCGACGAGUGGCCACAUCUGCUGCGCAAGCGCAAGGAAGUGUUCAUCGCCGUGGUUUGCGCCAUUAGUUACCUCGUUGGGCUGACCUGUAUUACGGAGGGCGGAAUGUACGUGUUCCAGAUCCUCGACUCGUACGCCGUGUCCGGCUUCUGUCUGCUGUUCCUGAUGUUCUUCGAGUGUGUGUCGAUCUCGUGGGCGUUCGGUGUGGACCGCUUCUACGACGGCAUCAAGGACAUGAUCGGCUACUACCCGCUCGGCUGGUGGAAGUUCUGCUGGUGCGUGACCACGCCGGCGAUCUGUGUGGUAAGUAGGGCGGCGGCGGGGACCUGAAGGAGGAGAUUGACGGUAAGGGUGGAACAGGUAAUUUGCUUUCAAACAUGAGCUGAGGUUGGGUUAGGUUGAAGGCGGCAGGGGAUUGCGGCGGAUGCGGAGGACGA